AUUGGUUCGAUUUGCACCAUUCUCCAGUCUCCAGAUUGGUUUGAGUAAGCUAAAUUGUAUGAAAAGAAGAAGUACAUGUAGCCUUAUCAGUCCUUCACUAACUAUUCUUUCACACAUUUCCAUGGAAGAGCAGCACAUAAAAACCUGAGGUCCUCUGGUGAGGCUGCCGUGGAGUCAUCAUGGUGGGCUAUGACCCAGGGUCUAAGGGCGCUGCACCAGCCCCAGAAGAUGCAGCCCUGUCUGGGUCAGCCGCAGGCAUGGUGACCCGAGCCCUGAUCAGCCCCCUGGAUGUCAUCAAGAUAAGAUUCCAGUUGCAGAUAGAGCGCGUAUCGUCAAGGCACCCUGAAGGGAAGUACUGGGGUCUGUUCCAGGCAUCUCGUUGUAUCCUGGCAGAGGAGGGGCUGCCUGCCUUUUGGAAAGGACAUGUCCCCGCCCAGCUCCUCUCUGUCUGCUUCGGGGCAGUACAGUUUGCCAGCUUUGAGUUCCUGACUGAGAUGACCCACAAGAGCACCGCAUAUGACAGCCAGACAGCAGGGGUGCACUUUGUGUGUGGCGGUCUGGCCGCCUGCUCUGCCACUGUAGCCUGCCAGCCACUAGACACACUGCGAACACGCUUCGCAGCUCAGGGAGAGCCCAAGGUGUAUGGCAGCCUGAGACAUGCUGUGUCCACCAUGUACCGCACUGAGGGGGCCCUGGGGUUCUACCGUGGCCUGGGUCCAACACUGGUGGCAGUGUUCCCCUACGCAGGCCUGCAGUUCUUCUUUUACAAGGUCCUCAAGAACCUCAUGGGACCACCGCCCAAGGACAGCAACGUCGGAGGCAACCUCAGAAGCUUGGUAUGUGGAAGCUGUGCUGGAGUCAUCAGCAAGACAAUGACCUACCCCUUUGACCUCAUCAAAAAGAGACUGCAGGUGGGAGGGUUUGAAGAAGCCAGAGUCCACUUUGGACAGGUGCGGAAGUAUGGUGGCUUUGUAGACUGUGUGUCCCAGAUCGCCAGAGAGGAGGGUCUCCGGGGCUUUCUCAAAGGCCUAUCUCCCAGCCUAGUGAAAGCAGCUGUCUCCACGGGCUUCACCUUCUUCUGGUAUGAGUUCUUCCUUAAUGCCAUACAGAACCUGAAGGGCAGCCAGUGAGCAGAGGAACUCUGGGUAGAAGUUGCUUUUAGGCACAGAUCUAGGAUCAGCUCAAUCGCUCCAAAUUCUAAUCUCAACCAAUAUGGGGAAAAUGUGAAAAUGGACCAUAGAGCAGUGUCUAGGGCCGCAUUUCCCUAACUGGGUCCUCGGGACCCCAGGGGGUACACGUUUUGGGUUUUGCCCUAGCACUACACAGCUGAUUCAAAUGAUCAAGGCUUGAUGAUUAGUUGAUUAUUUGAAUCAGCUGUGUAGUGCUAGGGAAAAAACCAAAACGUCCACCCGGGGGCCAGAAUCGAGUUUAGGAAACCCUGGCUUAGGGGCAACUGAAGAAGCAGAGGAACUCAAAGCACUGGAAAAGAAAGGAGGGAAUGGGAGGGAAUGGCAGAAUCACGCACAUCUACAUCGUACAUGCCAUAUCCCCCUCCCACUGGUGAUAGGAGUCAACAUUGCUGGGAAGAAGAAAAAAAGUCUCUCCUUACUGCUGUUUACCUAUAGUGUAUCCUAUAAGAUGGGAAAGUCUAGGUGUGGUGCUGCUCUGGACCUUCCACAUAAGGAAUGAUGUCACCUCACCGUGUGUUUGUUGUCAGUGUCCAAACACCUUGAUGUUAGUAUGUCUAUACUGGAACUCUUUGCUGUUGUUUUUACACUAUACUCAUGGUUUGUGGUGCACCGUCUAUAUUGAGGACAGGAAGCCUGUUACUUUUAAAGACUUGUAAUUUACCAAAAAUGGCCAUAUUUGUAACUGCUAUCGUAACAAUGUGUUAUGUUUCAACUACCUGCAGAAUUGCCUUAUUUGAUGGGCAGCAUAAGGAGGAUAUAACCAUUGUCUUAGAUGAUGUACUGAGAAUAUACCUCAGGAAGUGUUCUUCUGUGUUUGACAGCUGCGGAAGGGGGGGAAAUCACUUAAAUUCUCCAUUUCAAUGUUUUGUGUGUUAAAUUGAUAAGCUCAGAUGGUUGCUCUUGAAACCGAUAGAUACCAUGGAGCGAAGGGAAAGAGAUGCUUGAUCUAGGCUAAAAUAAAUAGUCAGAACAAGGUCAAAGUUGAUCCUAUCACGGAAUGCUCUUUAAUAGGGACGAUUCAAUACAUUUCAGCUAAAAGUUGUGAUGUUAACUGUGUUAGCAUAGACUCAGUUAUCAUGCACUCUAAAUGAGGUGCAAGGGUUUGUUGCUUUCUGUGUGGAAUGUGUUUCAAUAUUUAUAACCAUUUCUAUAUGGUUGGUGAAGCUUAUUUAAUAACAAAAGUACAUUUACCAUCUAUGCUGUUUUCAGUUUGCUUUUCUUUGAUGUACUGUACUUUAAUUUCAAGUAACCUGUUGUAACAGCUUUUAUGGGUCAGCAUUGGAUUUUUUUUGCUCAUUUCUCAAACUGGCACUUGCUCAGUGCUAAAUUAUGACUAAAGAAGCAUGACGGUGUAUGUUAGUUUUAAAUAUAUGACCAACUGAAAAGGAGCGUCUGCUAAAUGAUUAAAAUGUAAACGUCUAAACACAGCAUAUCUAACACUGUAUUUCAAAUUGAAUAUUUAUUCUAUGUAUGUUUAAUGCUGGAAAGAUUGCACUUGGUGGGACAAUUUCUUGUACUAUGUGCAACAUUGUGUCGGCUACUGAUGCACUGUACAAAGUGGUGGCAGGUGUGUCAGUCUAUAUUUGGGUUUUUAUUUAAAACUCAAUUGUAUCGUACUUACCCAUGUUUUGUUAUUUUUUAACUGUUUUUUAAUAAAGAAAAUGCAUGCAAA